AACGCCAUGAUUAUGGCUACCGACCUAGAAACUGACGAUCGAUACGAUGAUUCUUCCUCCGAAUUUGAGCCAUGGUAUGUCAUUGAGCUCGAGUCGCGCUGCGGGGCCUGCACCGAGACCAUCACGCAGGAGACCCCGGUCAUUUAAUCGGAUGCCGGAAUAGAAUGGUCUAUCUUGGGCGCACUGCUACAGUCGCUUUCCCCAAAACCUUUGUGCAUCUUGUGGAUGCAUACCUCGAUGAGAAAACAGAAGUAAAUCUGUGUAACCUGUGCUCUAUAUCGACAGAAUGCUCCGAACACGGCACAGAUCCCGACAGACUCCAUGUGGCCACUGCCGUACAUAAGGACUGCUUCGUGAUUGCGAAACAGUCAUGCCCUCUCGCUCCCCGCCUGACGUGCGAACGGAUCUGGGAACUUGCUGUGGCGAGAAAUCCGUGGCCCCAUGGGUUCCAACCCCCAAAAUCCCUCUCCCUUGAAAGCCCUUAUCUCAUGAGCCCACAGGCCGUCAAUCAGGUUGCUUCAAUCCUCAACAUUUCCCAGCUGAAAAACUUUCCCUCCGAAUUGGUCGAACGAAUCCGGUCGUAUUCACCAGGAGAUACUCCGUUUUGGAGGGCUGUAGCUGCUCUGACAGUUGCAUCUUCGCUGCCUGACCUUCCAAUCUUUGCUGAGCAACGCGUGAAGAUAUGUCACAUACUGCACUGGAAAAGAGGCGAAGAAAUAGUGACAGUAGGACCCAGAGGCCAAGACGAUGUUCUCCGUCUUACUUUCGACGUAGAUGGGAUCCGAGAGAUCGAACGGUUUUGCCAGCGACCGCAGUGCGAAGAGCGGCAAAAGCACAACCGCAGAUUUGCCUACGUUCUCUUGGGUACGAAACGCGACGAACUUGCUUUGGAUAAGAAACACGGCGAAUUUUCGCGCAGAUUUGCCUACUGCAGAAAUGGCCUUUUGCGACUCGCCUUCGAUGCCGACGAUAUAUAUUUUGACAAUAAGCAUGAGGUACUGUUACCUUUUUUGCCGCGCAUUUGGAACACACCUACGCCCCCAAACUUGACCAAUUGUAAUUACUUGUACCACGAGGAGAGUUUCAAGGUCUUUUCAACCGGGUAUUAUGUCAAUCUAGACUCCGUCUCUGGCAUUACAUUUGUCUAUCGCGGCAAAAAACUCGUGGCGAUCCACCCUCAUCGCGGCGAUGACGUUGAGAUGAACUGUCCUAAGGUCUCAUCUUCCGGCUCUUCAAGGAUACAGGAAGCCUGCUUCUUCCUGCCCGUCAGCAAGGAGGAUGCCAUCCUCGGAAUAGGUGUAGGGAUCUAUCAGAAUGCGUUUGUGGUAGUGGUCAAGAAACGUUUGUCCGGUGAUGCUGUCAUCGGCCUGCCUUGCCCCGAUCCGCCUGGAGAUGACCCCAGAUGGGAGGGUCCUGACGAGGAUGAAGGAGACUUUUUUGACAAAGAGGAGUUCUUUUGGGGUCAACGCGAUCCGGUAGCUCUGGUCUACGGAAUUCCGGGCAAGAAGAAAUAUUUGGAUAUGUUGGGAGGCUAUCGGGGUACUCCAGCGAAACCUAAAUGGGAAGGUUGGAAAGGGACGAUUCCUCACCUAUGGCCCAGUGGUCUUUUCAGCUUGGAUGAUGAUGAAGAUCUCCGGUUUUACACUCGUGCUCCCCUCCGUGGGGUCGUCGCCGCCCAGAUGUUUUACUAUCCUUCUCGUCGAAAUCGGCCGACAGAACGUGUCUGCUCAGGGAUUAUCUUUCAUUACGACAACGGCGGCUCGCGGGUAGUUGGAGAGAUUCGACUCGAGAACCGCGCCAAGCUUGCGGGCGAGACGAUAAUCAACCCCAAGCUCAUUUGUCUGGAGUCCGAUAUACUCCCAGGGUUUGGCACGCCGAACAUCCACCUCGUGACAGAGUCCGAAAUCGAGAGUGGAACACAUCCUGACGAUUGGGGCUGGUCCUUCGACGAUUGCCCCCGGUUUCCAGGAAUGGCCUUCACAUGCCACCCCAUGAAAGGCACAAUCAACUGGUGGUUUACUGCACGUCAACGGAACAGCAUUGAAAUUUAUGAAUGGGCAGAAGACUGAUGUUGUUGGACUUCAUGUACACAAUUCGUUUCGUGAUGAUGAUACCCACAACUUGGAAAGGGCGGCAGUAGCAAAUAUACAACUACCAGAUGGAUCGGUACGGAUAGAGCACGUUUGUCCUUAGUCUACCUUUCAGUUGAAAC